AGGAGGCGGCGCCUUGCGUUGAGUUAAAUAAGGCCCAGGCGCAGCAGCUUAGUCAGCUAGCCCCCACCAUGGACCGCACGCGCGCUUGCGCCCGGCUGCAGGUUCUUCUGGGACACCUCGGCCGACCUUCCGCCCCAGCGAUUGUAGCCCAUCCUGUAUCGGGGUCAGCUUACCCUGCCAGUUUCUAUCCUGAACAAUUUCAGUAUACUUUGGAUAAUAAUGUCCUCAGCCUGGAGCAGAGAAAAUUUUAUGAAGAAAAUGGGUUUCUCGUCAUUAAAAAUCUGGUAUCUGAUGAUGAUAUUCAACGAUUUCGAACAGAGUUUGAAAGAAUCUGUAGAAAGGAGGUGAAACCACCAGGAAUCGUUGUAAUGAGGGACGUGGCCAUUAAGAAAGAGGGUUAUACGCCAAGUGAGAAGAUGGUUACGAAGAUCCAGGAUUUCCAAGAAGACGAGGAGCUCUUCAGAUACUGCACCCUCCCCCAGAUUCUGAAAUACGUGGAGUGUUUCACGGGACCCAAUAUUAUGGCUAUGCAUGGGAUGCUGAUUAACAAGCCUCCAGAUUCUGGCAAGAAAACGUCCCGGCAUCCCUUGCAUCAGGAUCUGCACUAUUUCCCCUUCAGACCCAGUGACCGAAUUGUUUGUGCUUGGACAGCCAUGGAGCACAUCGACAAAAACAACGGUUGUCUGGUUGUGCUCCCAGGCACCCACAAAGGCCCUCUGAAGCCGCAUGAUUACCCCAAGUGGGAGGGAGGAGUUAACAAAAUGUACCACGGCAUCCAAGAGUAUGACCCCAACAGCCCCCGGGUCCACAUGGUGAUGGAAAAGGGUGAUACUGUUUUCUUCCAUCCUCUGCUCAUCCAUGGAUCUGGUCGAAACAGAACUCAAGGAUUCCGGAAGGCAAUUUCCUGCCACUUUGGCAGCUCUGACUGCCAGUAUAUCGACGUGGCGGGCACCAGUCAAGAAAACAUCGCAAGGGAAGUUGUUGAGAUUGCAGAGAAACGUUAUGGAAUCCGAGGAACCUUGGACUUUACGGACACUUGGAAGUUUCGAUGCCGACUUGUGAAAGGAGAAAGAAUAAACCUUUGAAACAGCCCUUCGAGGCCAGCCUGUUCUACAGAGUGAGUUCUGGGACAGCCAGGGCUACACAGAGAAACCCUGUCUCAAAAAACAAAAACAAAACAAACAAACAAAAGAGUGAAGUACUGCGAUGAGAGUUUGGUACAGCCUGGGCUACACAGCAAGAAGCUAUCUUCUCCUCUUUCCUCCAUAAACAGAAUGAAAAGAAUGAGCUCUUCAUUAUAAUUCUUUUAAAGAGAACAUUAAAGCAAAGCAAAAUAUCUAAGAAAAAUGUUUUUAUUCUAUUA